AUGGCUCCAUUCAAGAAUAUUCUCCUUAUUGGCGCUGGCGGAACCCUAGGCAUGCCUAUCCUCCAAGCAUUUCUAAACUCUUCGUCGUACAAAGUCAGCAUCCUAGCCCGCAAAGAGUCUACUUCUAUAUUUCCAGAAGGCAUACCGGUCUUCAAAGCAGACUAUACCAACCAAUCUGAGAUCCAGCUUGCUAUGGAGGGCCAGGAUGUAGUGAUCUGUACGAUUGGGGCCAAUGCAGCGGGCGACCAAAAUAUCUUUAUUGACGCAGCUAUAGCUGCUGGUGUCCAGAGGUUCUUCCCUAGCGAGUUUGGGCCAUAUCCACGGGAUGCCAAUGUUAUUACUGGUAUAUUCUUUGACUGGACUUUAAAAAUUAGAUUUUUCGGCUUUAACUUUACUAAUAAGACUGCAAGUCUUAUUAAUAACAGUACUGCAGUUAUUACAGCCUGCACGCUAUUAUAUAUUACCAAAGCUAAAGAUAUUCUGGGAAUACUUGAGGAAGUUCAAGGGCAGAAGUGGACCGUCAAGCAUCUGAAAUCUGAGUCAGUCAUUACUAAUAGUCAGAAGAUGCUUGCAGAAGGUGACUUUAGAGGUGUUUUAGAUUUGACUCGGGGUGGUAUUUUUAGCAAACAGGAGCUAGGUGAUAAUAGGCGUUGGGGGCUUUGGGAUGAUAACUUAGAGUUGGAGAAGCAGGGUAUCGAGCAGGCCGUGAGAGAUAUACUCUAG